AUGAGAGUUGAGGAAGGUGAAUGUAGAAGAAGGAUUUUGCUUACAUCAACUUCAGAGGUAUAUGGGGAUCCUCUUGAGCAUCCUCAACUUGAAACCUAUUGGGGAAAUGUUAACCCUAUUCGAGUUCUUAGUUGCUAUGAUGAAGGGAAACGUGUGGCUGAGACUUUGAUCCAAGUUUUGAGAAGUGGUUGCUGCAAUCCCAUUGCCAGUUGUAGCAGCUGUUUAUUGCGUCCUCUUUGCCUACGUCGCAACCAAUCAAUAGUCAUUGUCGGCUUUUCUCUCUUCAUCGGUCUAUCUGUUCCACAAUAUUUCAAUGAAUAUUUGGCCCUAUCUAGACACGGCACGGUUCACACUGGCUCUACUUCAUUCAACAAUAUAGUGCAAGUUAUUUUCUCAUCUCCAGCAACUGUGGCAAUUAUAGUUGCUUACUUAUUGGAUUCCACAACGAGCCUUGAAAAAUGUACAUAUAUGCUCUGUAAGAUCGACAAGUCAGGUUGCUUGUCUGGAAAAUCAGUCGAUAAUGAAGUUGAAGAAGAAAUUCUCUUAGGCCAUCCUGACUAUGUUCUGGACCGUAUUGAUAACAUCGAUACGAAGGUGGCACUUCUUGCUCCAUGUGUACGGAGGGGCUUAAAGGUUAUAUCUGCCACUGGGGAUGGUGCUAGAACUGAUCCAACAAGAAUACACAUUGCUGAUCUAAGAGAAUCUACUAAUGAUCCAUUAUCUCGAUCGAUCGACACGUUGCUAUUAAUAUUGUCAAUAGAAUUAGUUCAAGAAUUCAAAAAAAGGGACUUGUCUCAGAGAAUAACUAUUGUAUAUGGCCUUGACAAGAGAACUAAUUGUGUGGGAGAACGGAAUAUUUUUGUCUUCGACCUUGGUGGUGGGACUUUUGAUGUGUCUCUUCUUACUAUUAAGGAUAAGGUCUUCCAGGUUAAGGCUACUGCAGGAAACACUCACCUUGGAGGAGAGGACUUUGAUAAUAGAAUGGUGAACUAUUUUGUAGAGGAGAUCAAAAGGAAGAAAAAGUUAGACAUUGUUGGUAACCCGAAAGCCUUGAGGAGACUGAGAACAAUGUUGAUCUAA